AUGGCGGCGGCAGGAGAAGAACGCUAUGAAUCCUCAGGCUCAGAGUCUGAACAUGAUGAGCCGGAGUUGAACGAGGCAGAGGAACGUGAAGAAAACCCAUGGCCUUAUCUGAAGGCUAUGUUCGAGUUUACAGGAGUAAAUAAGAAAAACGUGGACACAGACAAGGAAAAGUACAAUGUGUGUGUGUGUGUGUGUGUGUGUGUGUGUGUGUGUGUGUGUGUGUGUGUAUGGCGGGGGGGGGGGGGGUUGUUUAAUAAAAUGUGAAAAUGACAUCAUUGUCCUCUUUGAUGAUCCCAUUCAUUUUAUUUCCAUUUUUAUAGAUGUUUGUGCAGGCUUGGUACUGUAUAACAUAAUGGUUCUACAGGCAAGUAGAUCAGUGCAGGUGGUUUCAAAGAGUUAAUUCUCUGAAACAAGAGUUACAAGGUACUAUAAAUAAAAUUGUAAAAUGACAGUAAUUCAUGUGAAAUAAUAGGAAUUUACUCUUACUUUUACUUUUGAAUACUUAAGUACAUUUAAAAGCAAGUACUUUUUUAGUCUUACUCGAGUAACGUAUUGACUGGGCUACUCUUACUUGUAGCGGAGUAAAUUUUGACCAGGAGUAUUUGUACUCUCACUCAAGUACUGGGGUCAAGUACUCUGUCCAUCUCUGCACACUGGCUGGAUGACAGUCAUGUGCCACACAGUGCUAUGCUAAAUGCUAAAAACUUCUGUGGGUCACACACCAGCGAUGCUAUUACAGCGACCCUAAAGGAAAUGUUUGACAAGUGUCAAAUUCCAUUGAGUAAAGUCCAUGUGAUUCUGAAGGGACAGUGCCAGCAACAUCUGAAAGGUGAUGGACAGUCUGAAUGUGCGUAGCUUAGGCUGCGUUGCACAUACAAUGCAACUUGUUGUCAGUGAGGGACUUUUAUCACAGCGCGCUGCAAGUGAUGCCAUUGCAAGAGGGAGACAGAUUGUUGCACACUUUAUGCAUUCCUCACUAGGCUAUUCACGGUUGCAAGAUAUACAGCUCGGGUUGAACAUGCAAAUAAAACACCUGCAGCACAAUGUCAAAACCAGGUGGAAUAGCACCUACUACAUGAUACAAAGUCAGGUGGAACAGAAGCGAGCACUGUUUUCUUAUACUGCUGACCAUGAGCUGCCCACAACACUCAAGGCAAAUCAGAUCCUUCCUAGACGAGAAGCGAGACAGACUCACAGCCGAGAAAGCAGAAAUGCUUGCAUUUAAAUGCAUUUUCAGCUCCUUUUGUUAUUUAAUAUUUAUUUUGUUUUAUUUUACAUUAGAUUUUAAAUCCUUAACUGCACCGAUUGAACAAUUUAAAGAGGUUUUGUGCCUGUUUAGUUUUACAUGCUGUUUGACCAAGGUAGUCAAACUAUUGUUUGUUUGUUUUUUUUUGUUUUGAUUUUUUUUUUCAGUUUUAGCUCUUUUAUAGCUUUACAGUUGGUUUUAUAUUCCUCAUUGCAUUGACUGAACAAGUUACACUUAUUUUUUACAUGUUGUUUGACCAAGCCAGAGAAGCUUAAGGCUUAAAUUCAGAGGCUUUAUCAUGGAUUCUUAAUUUCUAUUUGCACUAAACCAUCAUAAAGAGCUGAUUGCUUUUUAUGUUGAAUGUCUAUCAACCAAGCUAGUGAAGCCAUUGUUUACUUAUAGACUUAAAAACAGGCAACUGGACUGUGUAGAGUUGAGAAGACGUUUCGCCUCUUAUCCAGGAAGCUUCUUCAGUUCUAAAAUUGCUAGUGUGAGGAGCAGAUAUUUAUCUUACUGGAGAAGGGGACAGACAACGACUGGGAGGAGUUGGAAAGAAUGGGUCGUAGAAACCCAUCUCAGGGGCUGCGUCUGAAUUGCCUGCUCACAUACUACAUACUACUGCUACAUACUACUGCUAGAUCCUACUCCUACAUACUAAACACGUUGGCCCAAUUUGGACAAACUAGACAAGUGGUGGGGAAAGACGACCCCGCAGGCAGAGAGUAGGUACUGCGCCCGUGCAGACAGUGGUAACAGAAGCCCCCCAUCUGGUGGCCUGGCUGUAGUACUGCAGCGAGUACUGUACAAUGAUCGGUGCACACCCGUGACUUAUUAGGCAUCAUCACCAGAAGGCACCUGUUACUCAUUAACAAUGAGUGGAAAUAUAGUAGUGCCAUCACGGAGGUGGCACACCUUCAGAGAAAAGCCAGCAUGCCUGCAACCAGAUUGAUGCUGCUCCACAUAGAAAAUGCAAGGCGGCGGCGAGCUUGCAUUAUCUAUGUGGAGAUUCUUGGAGUCAUUGCCACAGGUAAGCCAUGACAUGAAGUGCUUGAACUAGAAGCUCUGUCAUGUAUUUCUUGUUACUAGUCUUUUCUGGUGUUUGUCCAGACACCGACAAAAGCAACUCUGUUCUACACAUGACAUUAUGUGGUUUCUUUGAUUUUUCAGCAUGGCCCAUGUGGGCCAUACACUCAGCUCAACAGCACUGUGCCCAUCAUUCGUCAGUUUUUGGAUGACACCGUUGACCUGCGCCCCAACCUUUGCCUCUCUCGUCGCUCGCGUGCUGCCCUUACUGCUGCCAUCUACCUCAGUGUGACCCGAGGCUGGCCAAAGGACAUAGAGGUGCUGCUGUUUGUUUUUUUGCUGGCCCAUGCAGUGUCCUACAGGGUGGUGGCUGCUGCUGAAGUCCACUGUGCACAAUAUUGCGCACAGGGUGACCAAGGCUGUCGUGGGCAUCCUGGGCCGCACCAUCCGCCUCCCCAACCCUGACCAGCUGGAGGACAUCGCUGCUGGCUUCAGCCGCCUCGGGAGAAGUCCAGCUCUGCUUACAGUGGUCGGGGCAAUUGAUGGCUGCCAUGUCCGCAUCAAGCCACCUGCAGCACAUCAGCUGGACUUUUUAAACCAUAAGCUGUUCCAUUCCGUCCAGCUCUAGGCCAUCUAUGACCACCAGUGGAGGUUUAUUGACUUGUUUGUUGGCUUCCCCGGCUCCGUCCAUGAUGCCCAUGUCCUGUGGAACAGCCCGGAGGGCUGUUGCAUCCUGGGGGAUGGAGGCUACUCCUGUUUGGGUGCCCCCAUCUGCCUCCUGACGCCUUACAGGGAACCUGUGGCCAACCCUGUGCAGGCCCGGUUCAACACCAUCCACGGCAAGGCACGGAACAUUGUCAAGCGGACCUUCGGAAUGGUGAAGGCUCGUUGGCGGUCCAUCUUCCUCAGGGCCCUUGAGGUGAAGCCAGCCUUUGCAUCGGAGGUGGUCAUCUGUUAA